AUGCAGCAACAGUAUCUCCAAGAGCAGCAGCAGAUGCAGGAACAGAUGAAGCAAGACAUGUACAAGGCGAUGCAAGAGGAACGCAAUAGGAUGCAGCAGCAGAUGCAGCAGCAGAUGCAGCAGCAGAUGCAGCAGUGGAUGACUGUUCAGCCUGGUGGAUCUGAGGGUGGGGGCAGUGCCAUUACUGGAAGCACUGCGACCUCCGUAAUGAGAGGUGGCCCUCCUCAAACCAACACUACAAACGAGUUUAUUGUUGGAGGCCCUCAUCAAGUGCCUCUUGGAUCGUCUUCUUCUCAAGGCUCGAAUGUCGAUUUCGAAUUCCAUACACCCACGGCAGAUGGAACAGCAGGAGCAGAAAGUGUGUACACUUUCCUCACGGAUGACAACAACAUCGAAAACGUCGAGAAGGAACGUCUCAAGCUGUUCAAGCCGACAGUGCAUUCUGCCACUAGUGCUCGAGUCCAGUCUCGUGUAAACAUGUCAAGCUUAAAGCGACAGGCAACAAUUGAUAAGAAGAGAGCUUUCGCAGCAAAAAUGAAUCAGAAAGUCGUCAAUGAUGCUGACUUGACACACACCAAAGGCGGUUCUGGUGACACGUUUACGAGAAUCGAUCAGCUCACUGAUGAUCUGAACAAUGACAUCAAUCACAGCAUCCACACUGUCAGCUCUGGAGCUUUUACUGAUGAACAAGACGGGUUUUAUGAUAGCAGCACAGUCGAAGCCUGA